AGCUACAAUGUGCUCAGGAUGAGUGCCGAGUACAACCUGCCUCUCCACGUCAGCACACAAAAUGGCGACGACUACGUCAUAGAGGACAGCUACCCCCACGAUGGCGUCACGUCACCGGGGAUGGGAUGGGACGGACAGAGCGACGGCGGAGGGAAAUUUCGUCUCAAGAGGAGGCGGAGGUGUGGUCAGUGCGGGCCGUGUCAGGUAAAUGACUGAAAACUGUCCUGUUAAUGUGAUAUCCCGUUUACCUCUCACAGUGGCGUACUUGGGGGGUGGUGUUAUUGGGGCGACCGCCCCGGCUGGCACUGCUGGGGUUUAUAUAUAGCACUAUAUAAUUUAUGUGUUUGUGUUAGGGGAGGGGGGGUUGCACUUUGGAGAGUUCUCCCCGCGUGUCAUUUAUUCCAGGUGUGCCACUGACCUCUCGACCACAGCGCCAUCUGUUUAGGAGCCGCAUUACUUCUCUCGUAAGAAGAACAAGCAAAAACAAAAAAAUCACCGGUAUCUUUUCCUUACUUGUAUUUGAUAAAGUAGGCGUUUAGUCGAUACGUUCCUUGUUUUGUUGGGUCUUUGCUUUCUUCAAGCAUUCACAUAACGUGUGCUUCAUUUAUUUCAUUUUUUUUAAAAAAUAUAUAGUCUACAAGUACAAGAAAUAAAAUUUUUGAACGAACAAGGGAUAAAUUGUCAUCAGCCGCCUUGAGGUGACGCCAUUAGCUUGGACGUAGGAUGGCGGGGUAUAACGAUUGAAACAUUUUGUUAUUUAGUUUGUGUCGUGUGACGUACAUAGAUAAACGGGGUUUCGGUUGUCAGAGCCAAAUGAAAUAUUGCAGUAAAUGUGUCUGUACGCCACGCGCAGAUCGUGGCACUAACUGCCCAGUUCGUGAAAUAAAUUCACCGCAGUCAAUGACGCCGCACAACCAUCUACGCAUUUGGUGAAUUGUGGAAACGCCCUUGUGUAGCUGGGCGGUGGACCAUGGAAAGAAUGGCUGAAUUAUAAGAGAACGUAUCCGGAAAUUUGAUUGAAAGAAAUUUUGUCGACGGUAAAUUGAUCGACGGUAAUUUGAUCGAACGGAAAUAUGGUCGAAUAUUUUUUUCCGUUUUUACGUUUAAAUUUUGCUUCAAAUGUCUUUUUGAACGCAUUAUUUUGUUUUACUAUAAAGUACAUUGCGUUCAAAAAAAUACUUGACGAAAAUUUUAACGUGUGAUCUGAAAAAAAAAUUCGACCAAAUUUCCGGUCGAUCAAAUUACCGUCGAUCAAUUUACCGUCGACGAAAUUUCUUUCGAUCAAAUUUCCGGUAACCAUAAGAGAAUAAUAUGUAUAAUAUAUAAAUAUAUAUAUAUAUAUAUAUAUAUAUAUAUAUAUAUAUUUAUUAGUUCUUUCGUUCACUUCUCUUUCUAUAUGCACAGUCGGCAUUAGUAAAUAUUGUGCGAGUCUAAAUAUGCGCACCGAAAUAAAACAAAUACAGUAGCUAAAGACACGUGCAUUAUGUGCAGCUCUACACCUCAUCCGAAAUGCGCAUUUGAUAAACAGUGUAGGCGCUAAGAGAAAUAAUGACAUCAUUUUCACACGAGUCGAAUGUGUGCGUGAGCAAGUUCACGUCUGAAUUGGAAAUAUUGUUCUCUCCAUGUCUCUGUAGUGAACUAAAUAUCGAUCUCUGGCACCGACUGAAAUAUUCCUAUUGAGCUAAAGGCUAAGGGAUUUUUUUUUUUUUGACUCCUUGCUUAUGGUCGCUCAACCUGAUUUUUGCUGGCCAAUUUAACCAAUCAACGUUGAUUUCAGCAUUAAUUUCUGGUGUUCUCCCUUUCCACCGUCGUACUUUCUUGUUGUUGAGGAGAGGUUUUUUUUUUUUUUUUUUUUUUUUGGUGGGUGGUUUUUUUUUUUUUUUUUUUUUUUACAGUGACGUCAUGAAUGAAAUCGAGUCAUGGACCAAAGCACACAAAGAGUUUGCCAACGCGCGGCCGUAAAAAAAAAAAUAUGUCCCCGCCAUCCAUGCCUGGUUGGCCGACAGCAGCGUGUUUUCGAACCGCUUGUUUGAUUUAAAGGUCGGCAGCAAACCACUGCUCUUUAAUCGCCGGGACUUGGCAGGUAAAAUUAAACCGUGUACGAACGCUGGGGCUGAAGGAUGGCGCGGAAUUCAUCGGGUUUUUUUUUCUUUUUUUUUUUCUGCAUUUGAACACUUAUAUCGCUCUAGUUCGACUCCAAUGAAUGAAAUUUUAAUUUUACGAAAUCUGGAGGCAAGUUUCAGUUCAAGAAUAUUUUUGUUCCCUGCGAUAAAUUUCUGUUUCAUAAACAAACCCAAGUCCUGAUAGUUAAAAAAAAAAUUAAAAAAAAAUAAUAAUAAAAAAAAUUACUAAAAAUAUUAAAAGUGUGUGUGUGGGGGGGGGUUGAAUUUUGUUAGGGGUUGCGAUUUUUUUCUUCCUGGUCUGAAGCCACAAGUAAAUUUAUAGAAUAAUGAGAGACAAUACAAUACGCACUGAAAAAGCUGCAGUAAUUAAAUCAUGACAGUGGGAGACCAAUCUCGUGAUAUAGUACAAUCCCCAAAGUCGUGAGUCAGAUGACAUUACUUUAUUGUUGUUUUUUAUGCAAAGUUUAUCGGAGGAAGAACAAAAAAAACAACAACAACCCACCCCCCCCCCCCCACACACACUAAUGAAGCCCAAUGACAAACUGACAAUCAUCGCGCGAUGGAUCAGACUGGCUCUGGUCCAGGGAUAAUGGCACCAGUAUCAUCACUUACACGGUGAAUGGAAACAACUCGGUGCCGUUAUAGGGUGAGGGUGGGCGGGUGGAAUGAUAAAUCUAGGAGUAAUGGUGUGUGUGUGUGGGGGGGGAGUGGAGUAUCAGGGUGGUGGAGGCAUCGAAUAAUGGCUAAAAUGGGCCGGGUGGUGCUGGUGACAAGAUUCAUGGUUUUGAUUGAACGAGGACAAGGAAAAAAAUCGAUGCGUCCGUUGGAUGAGAUGCAUAAAAUGUUAUGGGCUUGACGUUGUCAUAGGAAGCCCCAGCUGGGGACUUGAGUUGUCGUUACUGAUUGACACUAGUCGUCCAAUACCAAACGGGCGCAAGUUGCAAAAUGGCGGAUUUCCUGGGGAGAUCCGGUCUGGUAGCCGGAUCAUCCCAUCCGAAAUGGUAUUAUUACGGUAUAUAUAAUUAUACCUUUGUGACUGUCCCCACUGAAAUGUUGUUUUUUUAAAAAAAUGUUUUAAUUGAAAAAAUGUUGUUUAUUUGUUUUCAAUAAAAAAAAAUUAUCUCAGCAAAAUUUUAUUUAAAAAAUCAAAUGUAUAAAAAUAAAAGAAUUAAGAUAGGCCUACGUCACAUUUUCCGCAUCCCCUUUUUUCCCAAUACUGUUAAAUUAUUCCAUUUCGUCCUCCUAUGCGUAAGUUAAGGAUUUAAAAAAGUGUGAUGCAUGGAGUAUUUAUGCAUGAGGAUUAGCGUGAAACCCUCCGUUUUUUACGUGACAAUUUGUGUUUUGGCUGCAGUUUGUUAAGUUUUUAUCAGCGCCUCACUUCGCUCCAAAUAUCCCCAAAGGACGUGUCGUUUGUUGUUCCCUGGCCAUAGAUCCGGCUUGUUAGUUGCCAGCUCGCGCCAAACAGCCAUGCCCAAAAUCGCAACAAAAUUUAUUACUAAUUCAGUGGAGCCCGAGCAACUGUCAUUGAUGCAACGCCGAUUGUUUUAUCAAUGUAGUUCAUGGGGAUCGGUUGGAUUAUUUUUUUGGGGGGUUAUGCCAUUAUAGGAGCAUUACUAGAGCCCAUAAAUUCUACUGAAUUUUAUAAGGGGAAAGAGAGAGGCCCGGCUGACCGACAACACGAUUUUUAAAAAUUGGAAUGUUCAAUGUACAGAGGUGAAUCAUGGUGAUAGUAAUAGUCUGCUUGUGACCAUGGUGGUGAAGUACUAUUACUUAAUACUAAUUUGUUAACUUAUACCAGUAAACAGCAUAAAGAAAAAGUAUCUGCAUUAUUUGAAUCAUCCUUUUUUGUAUUGUCAUUGUAUAGUAUAGGCCUAUAAACUAUUAACUAUAAAAUAAUAUAGAAAAUAAAGAUGAUUAAGCCAUUAAGCACUCAUUCAAGGAGGGAAGAUUGGGGAGGAGGUGGGGGUGCCAAAUUUACUCCUUUCAAUCAGGACCUUUCCAUGAUUAAAUAUUAGUACAAUUAUCUUCUAGAACCAAAACCUAAUUUUUUUCUAAAUUAAUAAGAAAUGAGGAGGUAGAUUUGAUGGGGAAGAUAACAGUGACUGAUUACAGUAGAAUCAGUUUCCCUCAUAUUUUCUAAUUCAGCCUCAUAUUUGAUUGACACAUGCAGAUGCACACUUUUAUGUUUUUAUUCUUUAAAAAACAAUUUAAUGUUAAAGAACUUAGGGGCAGAGCCUGAAUAAUUGUCCUUGGCCAGCUUGGAUCUAAAUAAUCUUAGAGUUAGAGAUUUGGAUUUGACCAAGAGUACCCCUUGCCCUUAUCUAGGCCUGCAAGUUUAUCUUUCUUGUAUACAGAUUUAGAUAAGUGCCAACAAAAUUAAUAUGCAGUGACUCAUAAAAUGAGUAUGAGCAUUGGUAAAUAUGAUAUACUGCCCUAUUCUAAGAUUUAGAGUAGGGCUGGUGAACCAAAAUGACUCCUUGUGCCACUUUGAGUGCAAGUCAACUCUUCACAGGCAGCAUCAUUCUACACUUAAUCAGAGAAAAACAGAAAUGCUGGUGAAAAUUUAUUUAUUAUUGUUUUAUAACUUUUAUUUAGGGUUUAAGAUUACUAAUUUAAUUUUUUUUUAAUAAAUGGCUUUGUGAUACAUGCAGCUCAAGAGUUGGCCUCACCUGAUUUAUAGUCUGGUCAUUUGAGAUAAAAGACUUUAUUUUAUCUAAAGGGCAUCAAAAUUAUUUUCUUAACAUUUGAAAAAUAAAAUAAUUGUCAUCUUUUAAAAUAACUUUAAAUCUUCCAAUAUCUAACUAAAUGAAAUUAGUCAACUUAUUUUUAUAUUACUCUGAUUCUGAAUUAAACAAUUUAUGUCUCUGGAAGCUUUUUUUUUUUAAUGAUUAUCAUGAUCAAUCUCUUAACCAACCAUCAAGGAUAUAUUUCUCUAAACUGCCACCAUCAACAAAAGCAAAAGAAUCUUCACACACUAUUUUUAAAAAAAAAUUCCUCUAUGCUAGGCAUGUCCAAAAGCAUAAUGCGAAUCCCUUUAAUUCUAGCUUCAUCCAUCCUAGAGUUGAUUACAUUUGAUAUAAUUUAUUCUGCCAUGAGCAGGAUGUCAGGAGGAUUUUUCUUAUUGAUUUCAAUGUAAUAGUGGAGCUAAGUGUGAUGGAUCAGCCAGUGAUUCAUGCCAUAAAAGUCCAAUAUUUCUCUUUGUUCUUUCUGCUGGGGAAUGUCACAGGAUUGUUUUCUUUUUUUUUUUUCUUUUUCGUUUGGGGGCGGGGAUAGGAAGAUAUGUAUUUAAAGGGCGUUGUUGUGAUAUGAAAAGGAUAAAUAAUAUUUGUGGUACAAAUAUGUUAAAAUAUUUGGAGUUGAUUUUCGUGUAGUUUUUAUGUUUGUGGCCACAUUGUGUAUGAUUAAGCCAAGUUUUAAUGUUUUUAAAAUAGCAUCCCGGAUUAAUUUUAACUGUAAUAGAAGAGUCUAGGGCAGUGGUUCUCAACCUUCCUUGGGCUGCAACCCUUUACUACAGUUCCUCAUGUUGCAGCGACCCCCAAACACAAAAUUGUUUUUGUUGAUGCUUCAUUACUGUAGAUUGUAUGUGUUUUCCCGAUGGUCUUACGUGACCCUUUGGAAAGGUCGUUCGACCCACAGGUUGAGAACUGCUGGUCUAGGGAAUGUUUUAGAGAAUUCUUUUUUUGGUCUGUUAAUUCUUUGUUUGUUAUUUGCUCAAUUCAUUGUUAAAAAUUGUGUACAUUUCAUUUAAGGUAAAGGAGAACUGCAACAAGUGUCAGUACUGUCUGCGUAAGGAUGUGCUCAAGCAAGCUUGUGUGUAUCGCAAAUGUGUCUACCUCCGCAAACCAGUUCCGCGAUUUCGCCAGGAGCCAACAUCAGGAGGAGGGGUGUCUCACAACAAAUCGGCACCCACACCGCCACGGAAGCCCACUACCACACCGGUUCCUCCUGCAUCAUCGAAUGGUGGCAAUUCAAACAGCAACAGCAGUAGCAAUACGGGGGGACACAACCCAGGCAAUAAUACCACGACACCCGCCCCUGCAUCAGCAAUAUCUUCACCAGCUUCAGUGCCCUCUAAUUCUUCCUCUCAUCCUUCAGAGCUGAGCUCAUGUCGUCUCAACCAAUCACCUUUUGCAGCUCUUUCUGCAAUGCAGGGAAUGAACCCCAGUGUUCUAGACCCGCUGAGACAUCGAAUGAUGGAACACCAGCACCGCAGUUCAUUGUUUGACUCGAUGAGCCAUCACCACCAGGUCCUUGAUCAUGCCAAACAAGCUAUAGGUGACAUGUCCAGAUACCCAGGUGGGCCGGCAGCUUCUGGCGCUCAUUGUAAGCUAGACCAAAGUGCGGCCGCCAUGAACCACACCAAUGAUAUGAAUCUGGCUGCAGCGGCGGCUGCUGCUGCAGCUGCUGCGUCGCCUCUCAACUCCAUGAGCAGUCACCACGCACACCACCAGUCCAACAAGACAUCUGGUCUGUCUACAAGAGAUCCUUACUUCCCUACAAUGGACACAUGGAGCUCCAUGUCUUAUGCCUUGCCCCGUGCAACCACCUGGGCGACUUCAACUCUGCCCAAUCACCAUGCAGCUGCAGCUGCUUAUGGCUUCCAGCAGCACUCAACCCCUUUCCCAUCAUCCUUUGCUCCGUCCUCUUGCCGCCUUGGUCUCCCUGAUGCUGGCACCUCUCGAUUCGGCUCACCGUCAGUGUCCCAGCACACUUUCCACCACAGUAUGGGGGGUAUGGCAGGAUUCUCACAAGAUCUUUCCCAUGCAACAGCCAACCAUGCAAACCAUGCCAACAUGAGGUCCAUGAAUGCACCAUUUUAUCCCCCUCCUUCUCAUAUACCCCCCAGCAGCAUUCCCAGCUUCCCUGGGCUAGGGCAGUUCCCAACCAACCAAGCCAGCUUUGGACCCACAGCUUAUCCGAUGCAUCCACACGCUCAUAUGUAUCCAAGUGGAUUCUACUCCACUUUCCGCACAGCUACAGAGCCUCAAAUUUAUCAUGCUCAGGUAUACCCAAGCCAAAAUCCAUUCAAACAUUCGCUUUCACAAAUAUCUUCAUUU